AUGUUCUUUAUCGGAGCUAAUGCUCACUUUAAGUUUCUUAAACCACCUUAUCGUGGAGAUGAUGACCUUAACAUUGCUCCUUGUGGUGGUUCUGAUAUGGUCAACACUUCAUUCAUUACAAAUGUUACUAUGCAAUACGAAGUAUCAAUGAGAUCAGGUCACGGCAACGGUACCUUUAGCUUUUACUUUGCACUCGUUUCUGGAAAUGGUUCUUUUACCAGCAAGAUCGCAACGGAUGCUUUAGAUAAUGUAACAAAAGUAUUUAAUACCACAGUAGAUUUUAGCAGAGCUAACGUAAAAACCGGUACUCAAGGCGUAAUUCAAGCUAUCUAUGUAUCGACAUCAGAAGAAAAUGUUACUUGUCGUGGAACUGAUGAGUAUAAUAUUACAAGCCCUCCUUGUGGUGAUUAUAAUGAGGUCAAUAAUUCAUUAAUCACAACGUUUCCUUUGAAAACCGAUGUAUCUGUGCGAUCGGAAGAUGGUUAUUUAAUCGCAGCUCCUAUUAUAGUCAAUGCCACAGUAGAUCUUAGCAAGGCUAAAGCAACAAACGGCACUCGAGGCGUAAUUCAAGUUAUCUAUAAAUCUGAGGAUGGUAAUGAAACUUGGUAUCAAUGCGCCGAAGUCUUAAUUAAAACAUCUUCUGCUGUUAAUUCGAUUCCACACUCUACUUGUGGUGGUUAUAAACAGGUCAACACUUCAUUAAUAACAACUGUUCCUUUGAGUAAGUAG